UUUCUCCUCCGCUGUCCACCGCGGACACGCCCCCUCUGGUUUCAGGAAGCGGAAGCAGGAAUGUUGUAGUGUUUUCAGAAAAGUUUGGAGGAGUUUGACAGUUCGGAAGCAGAGACACAAACUGCGGAGAAACAUGACGGUGUGUUACCUGUUGCUGAUGUUGCUGUAGAGGUUUCAGUCUCCUCUGACUGACUGACUGACUGACUGACUGGCCUCAACCAGACACACAGAAAGGCAGAUAUGGAGAGUGGAUCUCUGGAAAUGGACACCAGCACUGCUCCAAAUCCCAGAGUGCAGUCAGACCGCUGCUUAGCCGGUCUGCGGCGUCGGGCCUGGGCCCGGAGUAGAGACUCCAUCUGGCAAGAGUCAGAAGCAGAGAGCUGUGGCCCCCAGGAGCCCCAACAGAAUGUAACGGAUGUGGAAGAACAAAGACCCUCAGAAGAACCAGAGCGAGUUCCUAACAAGAUCACCAGCUGGCUGAUUGAAUGCAGGACUCCCCUCGGAGCCUCUUUAGAUGAACAGAGUGCUUCUCCAAGCAAAGGAGUGCUGAAGAACGGCUGCAGCUUUGAAGAUGACCUUUCACUGGGAGCUGAAGCCAACCAUCUUCAGUCCAAUAACAAUAAAACUGAAUCCUGUUCUGGUCUUGCGGCGGAUCAGAAGAGGAAUCAGUAUAAAGAGAGAGCAAGAAGUAUGAACUCCACAGGAUCAGGGAAGAGCAGCACUGUUUCCAGUGUGUCAGAGCUGCUUGACCUGUACGAGGAGGACCCUGAAGAAAUCCUUUUAAAUCUCGGUUUUGGUCGAGAAGAACCCGACCUAGCCUCAAAGGUUCCCUCCCGUUUCUUCAGCAACAUCUCUACAGCGCGGGGCAUCGACAUCAAGGUCUACCUGGGAGCUCAGCUGCAGCGAAUGGAAGUGGAAAACCCCAACUACGCUCUGACUAGUCGUUUCCGUCAAAUCGAGGUCUUGACUACAGUAGCCAACGAGUUUUUCCAGCUCUACAGUCAGGUUUCUGGUCAGCCUGUCCAACGCAUCAGCUCCAGGGACCAAGCAGGAAACGGAGGAGAAAGAGGGGGAGAUGAGUCAUCUACUCCUCUGAGGAGGACCGGCUCGGCUCGGGACGUCGCCAAACUCCUCAAGAAAACGCUCAGCAAACACAACCUGUACGCAGCCGCCUCCGAGUCGCCUGAAGCGCACAGGUCCGACCAACACACACCGCCGAACGGACACGCAACCCCUGAUCACACCCACACCAACGGUCACACACACCCAGGUCCAGAAGAGGACGGCUGCAGUACAAUCUCUGACCUCCAGGCAGAGACUGUCAACCCGAAACCCAUGCGCAAGAAAGACAGCUAUUCCCUGGCAACGGUCGCCGAGGAAAUCAACGGAGAUGGAGACGACAGCCCUGAACAGAACAAAACUGCACCAACAGCCAAUGGAGAGCAUCAACCAGAAUCUGACUCUCAGUCAACCAGUCGGAGAAUAGAAGAAGGAACCCAGGUGGUCAAAGAGGAGGAGGAGAAGCUGACCUCUACCCCAGAGAAAGCCCCUCCCACCCUGGCUCCGCUCCAGCUGGUCCAGCUUCGCAUGGAAAACACAGACUCUUUCGACAUGGAGGAGAUUCAGAGUAACGAAGAUGAGGCUCUGCCACCCAAAACUUCCAGAGCCACUGAUCUGUUAAGGACAGUCAGUCAGCAGUCAGACAGCAGUGGUUUUGCUGAGGAGCCCUCCGCCGACUCCAACAGCAACCUCAAGGUGCAGGAGAGCAGUGACAGCUGUGACAGCGAGACCACUGUGACAUCACACCCCUCAUUGGAUGUGGCCACGCCCCUCGCAAUGGACCAACCAGCAUUCAACCUGCCAGAUGGCAGAAAGGAAGAGGCGGGGACUGCUAGUGAUGCUGGGGCUGAUGGGAGUUCAGAGCAGGUUCCACAGUACUCAUCCCACCACCUCCCAAGGAACAAACUUAAGGAAACGCCACAGGAUAGUACCCAGGAGGAGGAGCUAGUUGAGAGUGGGGACCGGACUGAUGCUGAACCAGAACCAGAACAGGAGAUUUCCCAGAGUUUGUCCGCUGUAGAACAAGAACCUCAACACAUCCAGAACCAGACCGAGACAGCUACAGACACAGAACCACCCAUAGAGGGAGUGGGUGCUGAGGACGAGGCCCAAGAAGACAAUCCAUUCUUGGAAGAUUCUCCACUUUGUUCUCCUCCUGCUCCAUCAUCUCCAGUUCUAAGCGCUCUGAUUCGAGCCAAACGGAGCCAGCUGACCCGGCUUGGACAGCGGGUUGACCCCCAGUCCGCCGAUUUGCCCCAAGUCCCUGGCAGAGGACGAGGAAGACGCGGCGUACCUAUGCAGCGGUCAUCUUCACUGCCCUCCUCGCUCCUUUCGCCCUCCAGGGUUGUGUCCUCUGUCAGGAUCCAGUUUGGGCGAGGUCAGGUGUCCUGCACGCAGCCCAGGUUCUCCUUCAAAUACAACCAGGAGGCCGAAGGGGACCGGGAAGAGGUAGAGGAGGAGGAAGGACAAACCAACUGUCUGUCUACCCUGAUUAUAAACCCUGCCUCCUCGUCUGCCUCUAUCAACCAACCACUAAGGCUUCCCACAGAAGCUCCCAUCCCACCUAAACCUAUCCCACGCCACCUGUUGCGGUCAACCUGUUCCCUGCAGAGCUGCAGCCCUCCUCCACCAGGAGGACCUUCCCCCUCCUGGAGUACCCAGAGUGUUCCUGAUCUCUCGUCCAAUCAGCGGCAGCCAGGCCAGUUCCAACAGAACAUUAGCACCAACCAAAACCAACAAAAUUGGAAUCCAGGACAGAUGAUGUUCCGUUGUCCUUAUCCUAAUCCUAACGCUGAGUAUGUUAACCCAAGUCCCAAUCCUAGUCCCAGCCUUAACGCUAGCCCAUACCCCUUCAUGCUGAACCCUCCUCCACAAUACCCUCCCCAUCCAUAUGCCAGUCUUCCUAACCUACUUCACCACCACAACUUGUCCCACCAUUCUAGUCUAAACAGUCUCUACCAACCUACAACUCCCACAUUGCCCCAGCACAACAGCCUCUCCAACUUUCAUCAGCCCUCCACUUCCACGGCACCUCACCACGUCAGUCUGGGCAACCUGCAUCCGAGAAUGCCAGCAAUGCACCACCAGGGCUACAGUCAUCUAUACGGCCAUCAGUCACCCUACCAUGCUACUCCUCAUGGCUCGCAGUUUGCCUCGCCCUACCUUGGCUACCAAGGGUACAACAUGAACCCAAACCUGACUUUUCCCCACCUAGCCCCAGAACACAGCCUCCAUCCGGGGUUUGCUCCUCCUGCUCCAGGUUUCUUGCCAGACCUGGCCUCAACCCUAAGCCCAGGUCACAGCCUCCAGCCGGGGCUGGCUCCUUAUGUUGCUCAAGGUCCGGGUCCCAUCCAGGGCCCGUCCAGCACCGAGAUGCAGCUGAGGAGAGUUCUGCAUGACAUCAGAGGAACGGUUCAGAGUCUGAGCCGGAACCAAGUCGACACUCCAGACGCGUUCAGGGAGCACAGAGCAGCUCUGGCCAGCCACCAGUCUCUGGCUGAGUUUAAGCAGAAGAGGCAAAGUCUAAACUUGUUCCGCAGUCAGAUGAUGGACCUGGAGUUGUCAAUUAUCCGACAGCAGGCUCUGGUCUACAAACACUUGAGCCCUGCCGACAGGAUGGAUAUGGAGCAGCUCCAGUCUCUGAGGUCGGCGGUCAGAGAGGAACUGCAGGAGCUGGAACAACAGCUGGAAGACAGACUGAUGGAGGUGACACAUCACACACAACACAGGAGUCUCCAUAGAGACGGCAGUGUUGACAGCCUGUCCACCGCCUCUGCACUGAGAGCCAUGGAGCCGGUGUCAGACCUGCUCAGAGAGCAGCUCUACCUUCAGUCUGAGCUCAGCUACGACGGUAACGCCCCCUCCACCAACUGCUCCUCCCGAUCCUCCAGUCCAGUCCGAGGAGGAAGCGGCGAGCAGAGAGGAGGCGUGUACCGGGCAUCAAUUAACAUAAACCCUGCCCCCCCUCCUCGACCCAACACACACACUGAGGAAGAGAAGGAGGGAGAGAGGGACGGAGGAGGAGGAGGUGAAGGACGAGAAGUACAAGAGGAGGAGGGAGCAGCAGGAGGAGUCAGAGUGGGGAACCUGCAGCAGCUUAUCAGAGAGAUUCGAGAAAGCGUGGCGCAAGAGGUCCGACAGGAGAUCUACAGCGAGCUGCUGGCUGCCGUGUCGCCAAAGCGAUCGCCCCUGCCCGGCAGGAAACACCAGCAGUAGUCGCAACAGCAAUGCACCGCCCCCUUUCACCCUCAGCCUUAGUAACCGCAGCCUGAGCAGCAACGCUGUCUGUCUGUAACACUGUAUAGCUGAGUAACGCUGUCUGUGUAGAACACUAUGUGUCUGUAACACUGUAUGUCUGGAACACUGAUGACAAAUGAGCACAUUGCCUACAUGUGAUAAACUCAGAUGGGACGUUUACGUGUCUGUUUGGUUCUAAUGUGUUGGUGUGAUGCAUGCUGGGAAAGCCAGUCUGAACCAUCCUGUGCACCAUCAGCUGUUUUUUUUUUUUUAAGCUGUUUUGAUCAAAAGCCAGGCCUCUAACUGCUACGUUGCCACUAAUACUAUGAGUACUACAACUAGGACUGCUAACAGUCCUACCAGUGCUACCAGUAACACCACUACUAGUCCCAGUCAUGUCCCCAUCAAGUUCUUUUGCCCCAGUUCAGUCCAUCCUGAUGAUGAUAAUAAUAAUAAUAAUAAUAAUAAUAAUAAAUAAUCAGUUGCUUUUCAUUUUUAGUCAUUCAUUCAUAUAGGCUGAUUGGAGUCUUAAACAUAUUAUCAGAGCAACACACAGGAGCAACUACCCUUACAAAUACUUUAAGUGCCUUAAUGAACUAUUGAUCCAAGCUGUUUGUCUGGGGUUACAUUCCUUGAUCCUAAAUAAGAGUAAAGUCUUAUGUCAGACUUUUCCCCUCUAAAGUUCCAUGCACAUUUCACCUUCUCUUAAGGUUUAGGGAGAUACUAAAAAUAUACAAUUAAGGUAUUAUGAUCCAACAUCUGUCAACAGUCUUUCAUCAUCAUCAUCAUCAUCAUCAUCAUCGUCGUCAUCAUCAUCGUCAUCGUCAUCGUCAUUGUGCUUUUGUUCCACUUGCCUCAUUCAUAGUCGAAUCUGUUUGUUUCUUUGUGAUUAGUGCUAAGCUAGGCUAAACACAUCCUGGACUGAAGGGGUUGGCAAAAUGUUGAAAAAACAAACAAUAACUCAAACUAUUUGAGUUGUGUGUGUGUGUGUUUGUGUGUGUAGGUGUGUGUGUGUAGGUGUGCAGGUGAAGAGGUUAGGGUUGUCAUGAGGUACUGUGGAGGUCAAAGCCCUACUCUGCAGCAGCAGGUUACAGUAAGUUGUCAUGGCAACAUUGAUGAUGAUGAUGAUGAUGAUGAUGUUGAUGAUGAUGGUGUAAUGUGGGGUUACAGAGAGGAGCUUAGCGAGCCGGGUCACGUAUGAGUGAGCGGGCAGUGUAGGCCAAACCUUAGCAUGUUAGUCGCCUUAGCAUGUUAGCUUCCCACAGUCCGAUGACAAAUCCGAGUGCAAUAUUAUAAACAUAUACAAGGAUUACUGAGAGUAACGUUAAUAGAUUAUCAGUAAAUCACUGCUAACAUUUUAGGUCAUUCUGCACCACUUCAGCACAAACUGUCUACCUGCACGUCUGAUGCUAAUUAAUCUGUAGUAGAAACUCUUAAUUUCCCUCCUCUUUGCACAGAAUCCACAGACGUGAUUGAUCACUGAACAGUGAAUUUCUAAUAACCAUUUAACGAACAUUUCUUUUUUCAGCAUUAAUGCCUGUGUGUAGGGACUGCGUGGUCCCUCGCGGGUUUCCGGAUAUCCAGUUAUGGAAAACUGGAAAUCUUGGGAGUAGCUGAGGUGACACAAGCACUCGCACCCGCCAUAGCUGAGUGUGAUUGGCCGGGAGACCCAUUAAUCAAACAAAAAACACACUCUUAAAUACCUACAUUAUCAUUUACUUUUUUAAAUUUUUGUGGAAGAGUUAUUUUCAAAAUGUCUAGACAGACACAUUAGAAUUAAAAUGAUCUACUGAAAGCGGAACUUUUUUUUGGGAAAUCACUUAAUUUACUUUUUGUUGUUGUUGUUGUUGUUGAUGUUGUUGAUGUUCAUUCUUGAUGUUUGGGAGAUAAUUAUACAUCGUGAAGAGAAUCUGAGCUUAAAUGUCCACUUAUUGAUUCUUAAUCUUCAGCUACAUCUCACUGUCUUCUCUUCAACACUCUGAUUCAUUAUUAACUGGACCUCUGACCUUUGAUUCCCUUCACCGUUUAAGUACUUUUGUAUUUUUAAAACGUUUAUUUUUCAUGUCACAACCUUUGCUCUGCUGGACCAACACUCACUGUGAGCUCCGAGGACCCACGUCCUUUUAUUUUUUUAACUGAUCAAGAGAAUCCUUCACAUUCUUCUAAUUUCACUCACUGUCCGAUUGUUGGUUUCUAUUAAUUUCUGUUGAUGUCUAUUAAGGAUUAUGUUUAUUUUGUAUUGAUGUCUUGUCAGUGGGAUGCAGGGGAGGGAUCACUCUGUAGAGAUGAGAAUAAUAAAGAUGUAUUUAUUUUCAGUACA